CCCUUGACUCACCACAUCCUUCAUCUUCUCCCUCCUCCCCCCUCAACACACAAAUGUCCGGCCCUCCCCCCUCCCCCCGACUACGACCCCAAUCGACAGGGACAGUAUCCACCCCAGUGGAACGGUCAGGGUCAGUCGGACGACCAACAUCCUGCGCAAUAUCCGGUAUGUCUACGUGCCUCGGGAAUCGCUUCCCUCUCCCCUGCGAUGCAGACAGGAUACUUAUCGUUGGACCAGUACCCGCCGGCCUCCUACCCUCCUGCCCCCGAGCAAGAUCGCGCCUACUAUCCGCCGCCACCUCAAUACCCUCCUGCCAACAUGGCCGCCAUCCAUCCGCACGCCCAUGGGCAAGAUCCCUACCGUCUUCCGCCGCCGCCGGGCGCCUACCGGCCCGAUCCAUACGGCCCUCCGCCCGGCCAGCCGCAAGUCGUCCAUUAUCAAGCAGCGGCCCCGCGCCAGCGAACAGCCAUUGCCUGCCGGUACUGUCGCCGACGAAAGAUCCGUUGCUCGGGAUUCGAUACCUCGCAAGAUGGUCGCUGCACCAACUGCAUCCGGUUUAACCAGGAGUGCAUGUUUACGCCCGUCUCCUCACAAGCGCAAGCCUUUGUCCCCGCGCAAGUCGCCUAUCCUCACCUGCGCAAUCAGCAGGGCGGCCGAGCCAGCAGCGCGGGCUUGACCCUUUACGGUGCCCACGGGCAGCCUCUCCCUCCCCAGCAGCAAGCCGAGUCAACCCUGCCGCCGCCUCAAGGGAUCGACACCUCGGACGCCGGGGCUCUGGCUCAGGAUUCGACUACCCUGAUCCGACAAACCUCGCACCCGUCACCCCCAGUCCCGGAUACCAGACACACACCGCUCCCCCCUCCUUACUACCCUCCUCCACCGCAGGAUCGGCGCACUUCGCCGCAGCAAGCGGGUUAUGGAUACGAUGCACGCCAUUCCUCCUCCCCUCACAGCUCGCCAUACCCACCCAUGACGCAGGGCGGCCCGACUCCACCCCCAUCAUCCACUCCCGGCGGCUCGGCACGCGGCGGCUUGAAUGUGCGCGACAUGCUCAACCCGGGCAACGGCAACGAUUCCCAUGGCCGGUCCAGCACCGAUAGCGACAUGCUCAAUGCGCUGAACCGCCGUGGCCUCAACCAGUAA